GGGAGGGGGCACAGUGGUCGGGCAGACAGCUGUAGUCAGAGCUAAAUUUAGCCUCUGAUCUGGCUUUGAUGCAGAUUCAUUUUUGGCUAAGACAGCCCCCCUCCUCCAUUCCCUUCCCUACCCAGCUUCUUCCUAGCGAUGGAAAGGGCCCUAGAAGCAGGAGCUUAGACCAGGGCAAAGACCCCUGGGCUGCCUCCCCAACUCUGUUCUUCCUCAGCCCUAAACAGCAUGAUGGCUGCCUCACAGCUGCCUCUACCGAGGCACGGUGCCUAAGUUGCUCCCAGGGUGCCAUGGGGGUCUGUGAGGGAGGGGAGGCAGACAUGAUAUCCUCUUCCUCCCCCUGGUGCCAAGGAAUCACUAUUUAUAAUUUUAAGGCUUCAGUGUCUAAUUAUAGCUGAGACGAGGUUAGCAAGAGGGGGCCAGGAGGUGUCAUCUACCGAAUGUCCCAGGCCCAGUCAGAAGAGAGGAGGAAAGGCUGAGUGAGAAGGCUGGGGGGAGGGAGCGGGCGUAUCCUGUCCUUACCUGGGGUCACACUGGUAGGCUUCACACCAGCCAGUUGGGGCCAGUUGGAGAGGGAAGGGACUUGAGUGACAGUGACAGCCGGCUGGCACUGAGGCAGUGCCAGAGAUAGGAUUUUUUACCCUUCUCCUCAGGGUCUUCUGGGGAUAGACCUGGGAAGGAGCCCUCCUGCUUCAAAGGUGGAGGACGUUUGGCCCCUUCCCCCACUUCUGUCUUCUCUUUCAGGGCCAGCAUAUGGGUGAGGGGGCAGCCCCUGGGGCCUGAGCUGCCCCACACAGAAUGCCCCGUGCCCCCCACUUCAUGCCCUUGCUGCUGCUACUCUUGCUGCUCUCAAUUCCCCACACCCAGGCUGCAUUUCCCCAGGACCCUCUCCCUCUGCUGACCUCUGACCUGCACGGUAUUUCUCCAUUAUCCUGGUUCCGGGGCCUGGAGGAUGAUGCUGUGGUUGCAGAACUUGGGCUGGACUUUCAGAGAUUCCUGACCCUGAACCGGACCUUGCUAGUGGCUGCCAGGGAUCACGUUUUCUCCUUUGAUCUUCAAGCCCAAGAAGAAGGGGAGGGGCUCGUGCCCAACAAGUAUCUAACAUGGAGGAGCCAAGACAUGGAGAACUGUGCCGUGCGGGGCAAGCUGACGGACGAGUGCUACAACUACAUUCGCGUUCUCGUGCCCUGGGACUCCCAGACGCUCCUUGCCUGUGGAACGAACUCAUUCAGCCCCGUGUGCCGCAGCUAUGGGGUAACUUCGCUGCAGCAGGAGGGUGAGGAGCUGAGUGGGCAGGCUCGAUGCCCCUUUGAUGCCACCCAGUCCAACGUGGCCGUGUUUGCAGAGGGCAGCCUGUAUUCAGCCACAGCUGCAGACUUCCAGGCCAGUGACGCUGUGGUUUACCGAAGCCUUGGGCCUCAGCCCCCGCUCCGCUCCGCCAAGUACGACUCCAAGUGGCUCCGAGAGCCACACUUUGUCCACGCUUUGGAGCACGGAGAGCAUGUCUACUUCUUCUUCCGAGAAGUCUCUGUGGAGGAUGCCCGGCUGGGGAGGGUGCAGUUCUCCCGUGUGGCCCGUGUGUGUAAGCGCGACAUGGGUGGCUCACCUAGAGCCUUGGACCGCCACUGGACAUCCUUCCUGAAGCUGCGGCUCAACUGCUCUGUCCCUGGAGACUCGACCUUCUAUUUUGACGUCUUACAGGCCUUGACAGGGCCUGUGAACUUGUAUGGUCGCUCUGCUCUCUUUGGGGUCUUCACCACCCAGACCAAUAGCAUUCCUGGCUCUGCGGUCUGCGCCUUCUACCUGGAUGAUAUCGAGCGUGGGUUUGAGGGCAAGUUCAAGGAGCAGAGAAGUCUGGAUGGGGCCUGGACCCCUGUGUCUGAGGACAGGGUCCCCUCCCCCAGGCCCGGAUCCUGUGCAGGAGUAGGUGUAGCUGCACUGUUCCCCUCUUCUCGAGACCUCCCUGAUGAUGUCCUGACCUUCAUCAAGGCUCACCCACUCCUGGACCCUGCUGUGCCACCCGCCACCCAUCAGCCUCUGCUCACCCUCACCAGCAGGGCCCUACUGACCCAGGUGGCUGUGGAUGGCAUGGCUGGUCCCUACAGUAACACCACAGUCCUGUUCCUUGGCUCCAAUGAUGGGACAGUGCUGAAGGUGCUACCCCCAGGGGGGCAAUCUGGGGGCUCUGAGCCCAUUCUGUUGGAAGAGAUCAAUGCCUACAGCCCCUCCCGGUGCAGUGGGAAGCGGGCAGCUCAAACAGCACGGCGGGUCAUAGGGCUGGAGCUGGACACCGAAGGUCACAGGCUCUUUGUGGCUUUUUCUGGCUGCAUCAUCUACCUCCCUCUUAGUCGGUGUGCCCGGCAUGGGGCCUGUCGGAGGAGCUGUCUGGCUUCUCAGGACCCAUACUGUGGAUGGGACAGCUCCAGAGGCUGCGUGGAUAUCAGGGCACCUGGUGGGACUGAUGUGGAUCCAACUGGUAACGAGGAAUCCAUGGAGCAUGAUGACUGCCAAGAUGGAGCUACUGGGAGUCAGUCUGGUACAGGGGAUUCCACUUAUGUGCUUCUGAGUCCUGGCCCUUCCCCUGAGACCCCCAGCCCCCCCAGUGAUGCCCAUCCCAGGCCCCAGUCUUCCACUCUUGGAGCUCACACUCAGGGCGUGCGCCGAGACCUCCCACCAGCCUCAGCCUCACGCUCAGUCCCCAUCCCACUCCUCCUGGCCUGUGUGGCCGCGGCCUUCGCUCUGGGCGCCUCUGUCUCUGGCCUCCUGGUCUCCUGCGCCUGUCGCCGAGCGCACCGACGGCGGAGCAAGGAUAUCGAGUCUGCAGGGAUCCCACGUCCUCUCUCCCUCCGCAGCUUGGCCCGGCUGCAUGGGGCGGGCCCAGAGCCGCCGCCGCCGUCCAAGGACGGAGAGGGGGCCCAGACGCCGCAGCUCUACACCACCUUCCUGCCUCCUCCCGAAGGCGUACCCCCGCCAGAGCUGGCCUGCCUGCCCACCCCGGAGUCCACGCCAGAGCUGCCGGUCAAGCACCUCCGCCACGCCGGGGGUCCCUGGGAGUGGAACCAGAACGGGAACAACGCCAAGGAGGGCCGGAGCCGCGCCCGAGGCGGGAACGCGGCGGGUGGCCCCGCGCCGCGCGUGCUGGUGAAGCCGCCGCCGCCUGGCUGUCCCGGGCAGGCCGUGGAAGUCACCACCCUGGAGGAACUCCUGCGCUACCUGCACGGCCCGCAGGCACCCAGGAAGGAGGCCGAGCCCCUGGCCGCCGCCCCUUUCACCUCGCGGCCGCUGCCGCCCGAGCCCGCCCCCACCCUCUUUGCCGGCCCCAGCCUGCUGCCCCGGGACUGUGCCCCGCCUCGGAGGCUGGACGUGCCCCCGGAGGGCAAGUGCCCGGCCCCCGCCGGCCGGCCUGCGCUCUCCGCCCCAGCUCCCCGGCUCGGGGUGGGUGGCAGCCGGAAGUUGGCCUUCUCCUCGCACCGUGCACCCCCUGCGCUGCUCACCCGAGUCCCCUCGGGAGGCCCAUCCAGGUACUCGGGGGGUGCCGGGAGACACCUCCUGUACCUGGGUCGGCCUGAGGGGCACCGGGGCCGCGCGCUGAAGAGGGUGGACGUCGAGAAGCCCCAGGGGCCCCUGAAGCCUACCUUCGUCGGGCCCUCCUCGCAGGCGGCCGUCCCUAACGGCAGCCAUUUUAACUUUUGAAGGGAGUUGCUCCAAGGCCUCAAGUGGGACCCUCGAGGCCCGUGCCCUCAGAGGCCGUGAGCGUGGACGCGUCUCCAAGGACAGAUGACCUCCCUCCCUGUUCCACACCUCCAGCCUUCCUGGACUCUGAGAGUCUCCCGGGGUCCCUGCCCGCCUCGGGUUUAUUUAUUGACUGCCGACUGUCUUUCCCCCUGUCCUCGAGAGAGGAGUGGGAGGCGAGAAGCUCGCCCCCUCAGUGAGCCAGCUUUUCAGGGGUAACUGGCACACUCCCACUCCCCCUCUCCCUCAGCCAAGCUGCCUUAACUCGCCCCUCCGGGCCUCCACAGACUGGGCCCCGGGCGGGCCGCACGGCGGACGGCCGGGGCUGAGCCACUCGCGUUGUGUACAGAGUCCUCGGGCCUCCUGGGACGUGCCUCCUCCUACUAUGUAGGAGCCUCUCCGCUUCCCAAUACAGCUGUGUCCCCGAGCCGCUGCCUGACUUUACUCGCGGAGCGGGCGGGCGGGACGGGAACCGGUCGGCUAGUCUGAGCACCUUUGCUCCAGAAUUUCUACCUUCAACUUGGCCUUGACUCUCUUCCGAGUAAUUGGGAUGGCUGCAGUCCCACCGGGGUUAAUCAGGAAAGGUUUCCUGAAGGAGGCAAGCGAAGAAACGGUGCGUGAUGAACCAGAGCCCAGGAGACCCCGGGUAGAAUUUAGGUGGGGUUAGGGAGGGUACUCCAAGCCCGUUUCUGGAUCGAGGUAAGAUGCACUUUUUCGUAGAAUGCUCGACAGGGCAGGAGGAGGGUAUUUGGGGAGAAAUAAAAUGAAGCUGCAGUGUAAGUGAUUGAAGUUUCGCAUCAGGAAAUCUUGUCAAAAGAGAAUUUCGCUGGAAGAACGUCGGUCGCAAGAGAAGGCUACAAAAAGAAAAAAAAA